AUGAAUCCACCACCACCUCCACCCACUACGGGUGAACCUACACCACCCUUUAUGCCAUCUUCAACACAACCAUCACCAAAUACUACCACUCCUGCAUAUACACCAGAAAUCAAUCCAACCAACACUACCUUACCUGAGAACACACAGUUUGAAUACUCCUUCAGUUACAACCCUACAUCAUCCGCUGUUCCAGCUUAUUCAACAUUUUUCCCAACAUCCGGCCAACCAUCAUCAUCACAAAUACCACCACCUAACCUAUACCAAACCGGUCCAUCCAUUAUCCAUUCUACUCCAUUCCAACCAAGAGUGCAAUCUCAACAUACUUCGGGAGUAAUACAAGAUGGGUUCGAUGAUGAGUUUGAGGAUGACUUUGUGGGUUAUGAUGAAGAAGGAUACAUGUAUGGGGGUGAUGGAGAUCAAGGGGAGUAUGCCUAUGUUCAAAGUCAAAAUCAAAGGAUGUCAAGUGUUGGUGGGAUUCCUCAACAACAAAUUAUACCUCAACAAUUGCUACCACAAGGUCCACCGGUGCAAAGACGUGUUCAACAACCUCAUGUGGGGCCGAGAUUUCAACCACCUCCACAACAAUUUGGGCCUCCACGCAUGCAAGUUCAAAGACUAAUAGGUCCUAUACGUCCAAGAAUUCGUUUGGUGUGCCAAGAAGACAUCUUCGAGAACAUGCUAGACGUAUUGAAGCACAUUUUAGACCGGUGA